AUGACUCCACAACUCAAUUCCCCAGGAGAAUAUGUCUUAAUCCGUACCAAGGAUGAGCUCGAAAGACUGGAAAGGCAGUACAAUGUCUGGCAAUCCAAUAUCGGCUAUCUCCUACACCCAGCAAUCACCCAAAGGGGGAAACUGCGCGUGGCAGAUGUAGGAACAGGCACAGGUAUAUGGCUACGAGACCUCUCGAAGAUCCUCCCCGGAACUUGCCAACUCGACGGAUUCGAUCUCUCCGAUGCGAUGUUUUUCAAAAAGACGCCAAGACCGACGAAUGUUAGCUUUAUUCAACACAACCUCCUCAAGCCUUUUCCGGCCCAGUUCACUGCCCAAUAUGACGUCGUCAAUGUUCGGGCCAUGGUGGUAGCACUAUCUUCUGACGAGUGGGAGCCUGCGCUCCGCAAUCUCAUGUCUCUUCUCCGACCUGGUGGCUAUAUACAGUGGCUUGACUGCUCGGCAAAAGACUUCGUCGCAAAGGGAGCAACUGAAGGCAGAGUUCCCAUCAACGCUGAAAGAUGGACGGAGCUUCUUCGCAAUACGGCCAAUGCUUUGGGAAAGACACCAAACGUUAAUGCUCUUUACCGAAUUUUUCGAGAGAAUGGCCUCAAAGAUUGCAGUGAAAGGGUGUAUCCAUUGGAUAACCCGGCCGACAGGGAUGAACUCAAUAAGGCAGUUCUUGAUGGGAUCCAUAACUUUAUGAUUGCCGCGCUGAACGGGCGCACUUUUGAAUGGGCCAAGUCGGCGGAUCAAGUUAUGGCUAUGAAAGAGGCAGCUCAGCAGGACCUGCACAACUUGAACUGUUGGUUUAGUUAUAAUGUUUACGUUGUGGUUGGGAGAAAGGCUUAA